AUCUGAUUCACUUUUAACAAGUUUUCUUUUCCCUGGAGCUUGAGGCAACAAACAAAUAAUAGGCCCCUUUCCAUUUUGCCAAAAGAAGAAGAAAACUUGCCUUCUCUCACCACGGUUUAGGGUUUCUUCAUCUUCUUUCAUUUUCUCUGGCUUUGUAAAUUCGCAGUUAGAAGGGAAUACGUACGUAGAAAAAAAAUGCAGAGAGGUAGAGGUGAUUUCUUCGGUUUUGGCGAUCCUUUUGCUGAAUUUGGUGGUUUUGGGGGCUUUGGUAGCCACAGAAGUCUAGUCUCUAGUUUUUUUGGGGGAAGGGACCCUUUCGAUGAACCUUUCUUCGCUAGUCCAUUCCAAAGCAUGUUUGAAUCUAGUAUGAUGGGACCGAACAUGUUUGGGUCAAGUUCAAGGUUUUUUGGAGACUCAGAUAUGCAUCCAGCUGGAUUCCUGGAGCAUCAAGCUCCACAAUCCAGUAAACCAAAGGGGCCUAUUAUCAAAGAGAUAACAUCUGAAGAUGAGGCCGAAGAAGAACAAGGAGGAGCCAACGCCAAAGAGAAGACUGAAAACCCUAGGAAGCAUUCUAGGUCAAAGGAACCGUAUGUUGAAGAUCCAGAUGAUGAAACUCAAGAGAGGAAGAGCAAGCAGAUUCAGUAUUGGAAUGACUAUAACAGGGCAGAUAGAGCACAUCCCCAGGCUCGUAGUUAUAGUUUUCAGAGUUCCACUGUUACUUAUGGAGGUGCCAAUGGGGCAUAUUAUACUUCGUCUACAACCAGAAGGACUGGCAGUGGUGGGGUGACUGUAGAAGAGAACAAAGAAGCUGAUACAACUACUGGUCGAGCCACACACAGGGUUUCGAGGGGACUUCAUGAUAAGGGCCAUUCAAUUACAAGAAAGCUUAAUUCUGAUGGCAGGGUGGGCACCAUGCAGACCUUGCACAAUAUGAACGAAGAUGAACUUGCUCGUUUCGAAGAAGCUUGGAAGGGGAAUGCUAGAAAGCACUUACCUGGCUGGGAUGAAAGGUUUAAUCUGAAUGGGAAUAUGGGUGCUGGCAGCAGUGGACAGGAUAGUCAAGCAAAGAAGGGCGGCUGGGCUCUACCUUCCACAGAGCAACGACAGAUUCCUGAGAGAAUGGGAUGGGGUGGAGUCAGGCAAGGAGGCUCCAAGGGGAGAAGCAAAGAAACUACUAGGAUUAAUAUAGAUUGAGUCGGUACAUUGUGAGUUGAGUGAGUUCCUCUUAUACCCUUCAGUACACCCACCACGAAUUUGUCCUUGGAUAGAUACUAGGUGCUGCUGGAGUGUAUAUUCUCUGGGUCUAGGAGUAUGUCUCGGUUUUCUGUCGUUAAGAAUGAUUUAUAUAUGUUUAGUGAUUCUAGUUGCUAAGUCUAUUUGAAAUCACAGCACAGACACUGUAAAGGAAAAGCUUGUCUGCAGACUCGCAAUGUUCCAUUUCCAUUGGCUUGGUGUACCCCUGCUCUGGGAUAUCUGUUAUUCUUUCCUCAACGCUAUGUUUGGUUUGAUAGAAAAUAUCAGAGAAAGUUGAAGGGAAGCUUUUAGACUUCUUAAUUUUCCUUCA